GUGGAGCUGAGGGAGAGGAAGGAUCGGAGUGAGACUUGUAACUGAGGAGAUACUUAGCGCUCAUCUAUACACAGCAACGGGCAGCGGCCAACACAACAUGACCCUGGAGGAACUCACUGGAGAACACAGCAUGGGAAAGUAAGGACGGAUACCUACACACUGCUACCGGGGGGACCAGGCAUUGCCCUCAAACUGCCCCAGGACCAAGCAUUGCCCUCAAACUGCCCCAGGACCAGGCAUUGCCAUCUAACUGCCCCAGGACCAGGCAUUGCCCUCUACCAGGGGGAUCACUAACUGGACCAGGCAUUACCCUCUGACUGCCCCAGGACCAGGCAUUGCCCUCUGACUGCCCCAGGACCAGGCAUUGCCCUCUGACUGCCCCAGGACCAGGCAUUGCCCUCUGACUGCCCCAGGACCAGGCAUUGCCCUCUGACUGCCCCAGGACCAGGCAUUGCCCUCUGACUGCCCCAGGACCAAGCAUUGCCCUCAAACUGCCCCAGGACCAGGCAUUGCCCUCUACCAGGGGGAUCACUAACUGGACCAGGCAUUGCCCUCUGACUGCCCCAGGACCAGGCAUUGCCCUCUGACUGCCCCAGGACCAGGCAUUGCCCCUCUACCAGGGGAUCACUAACUGCCCCAGGACCAGGCAUUGCCCUCUAACUGCCCCAGGACCAGGCAUUGCCCUCUACCAGGGGAUCACUAACUGGACCAGGCAUUGCCCUCUGACUGCCCCAGGACCACGCAUUGCCCUCUGACUGCCCCAGGACCAGGCAUUGCCCUCUGACUGCCCCAGGACCAGGCAUUGCCCUCUGACUGCCCCAGGACCAGGCAUUGCCCUCUACCAGGGGGAUCACUAACUGGACCAGGCAUUGCCCUCUACCAGGGGGAUCACUAACUUCCCCAGGACCAGGUAUUGCCCUCUACCAGGGGGGAAUCACUAACUGCCCCAGGACCAGGCAUUGCCCUCUACCAGGGGGGAUCACUAACUGCCCCAGGACCAGGCAUUGCCCUCUACCAGGGGGGAUCACUAACUGCCCCAGGAUCAGGCAUUGCCCUCUACCAGGGGGAUCACUAACUGGACCAGGCAUUGUCCUUUUUACCAGGGGGAUCACUAACUGGACCAGGCAUUGUCCUUUUUACCAGGGGGAUCACUAACUGCCCCAGGACCAGGCAUUGUCCUUUUUACCAGGGGGAUCACUAACUGCCCCAGGACCAGGCAUUGUCCUUUUUACCAGGGGGAUCACUAACUGCCCCAGGACCAGGCAUUGCCCUCUACCAGGGGGGAUCACUAACUGCCCCAGGACCAGGCAUUGCCCUCUACCAGGGGGGAUCACUAACUGCCCCAGGAUCAGGCAUUGCCCUCUACCAGGGGGAUCACUAACUGGACCAGGCAUUGUCCUUUUUACCAGGGGGAUCACUAACUGGACCAGGCAUUGUCCUUUUUACCAGGGGGAUCACUAACUGCCCCAGGACCAGGCAUUGUCCUUUUUACCAGGGGGAUCACUAAUUGCCCCAGGACCAGGCAUUGUCCUUUUUACCAGGGGGAUCACUAAUUGCCCCAGGACCAGGCAUUGCCCUCUACCAGGUGGAUCACUAACUGCCCCAGGACCAGGCAUUGCCCUCUACCGAGAGUAUCUGGGAUUGCUCCCCCCAGGCUCUUUAUGUAACAGUUAUUUGGUUGCUACCUUAAUUUUGAGGUGCUAAUUAAUGCUUACUGUCUUUGUUAAAAAUGCAUGUAGCUCUAGUUGUUUCUGUUAGUGAGGGGAUUUUAACAAACCUUCUCUUUUUGGCCUGUGCACACAAAGCCCUAUUUAAUCUAUGUCCAUAGUAUUCUUGUAAUGUGCAUUGUUCUCUGCAGUGCUGGGAAGGGUUAAUGAAUGACACAGACGUUUUGUUUUUGGUAUUUUCUAUCUGUAACCCUGUAACAUGGGUGAGUAACAUGUUUGUUGGAAAUAUCUGUGCAGGCUUUAUGUAGUAACACAUGCCUGUUGUUAUUUGCAGAAUGGAUACUGUUGGAAAUGCAUUACAAGAAGUGCUGAACAAGGCCAAGCUCCAGCGAACCAUCACAAUUGGAGUGUAUGAAGCUGCCAAGCUACUGAAUGUGUAAGGACUUUUAAACUAAAAUUUAGACAUUUUAAAGGUAUUGUUGGCAUUCCAACAUUUACAUCUAUUUUGUGCUAGUUUUUAACUGCAAGUAUUUGCUAUAUUAGCUGUCAAAAAUCGCCAACCUGUGUACCAGUUGUAGAAAUACAAUUCCCAUUAUGCUUGGCCAGUAUUAAGCUGGCAAAGAGUCAUGGGAGUUGUAGUUCUGCAACAGCUGGGGAUAAUGCUUUUUGAGCCUCUUAGAUUAGAAGCUUUUAAUACACGUAAAUGUAUAGGUAAACCUUGACAGCGAUGAAACUCCUAUUAGUUGUAAUGUAUUUUAUUUGAACUGAUUGCGUGCUUUAUUGUCUUGUUCAGUAAGUCGCUGCUACAACUUUUUAAUAAGUGCAGAGCGUGACUUGUUUUCUAAACUAAACCACUUAUUUCUCACUUUUUAUUUUGUACAGAGACCCAGACAAUGUGGUGCUUUGUCUGUUGGCUGCGGAUGAAACGGACGAUCAGGAUGUUGCUUUACAAAUCCACUUCACCCUGAUCCAGGCGUUUUGCUGUGAGAAUGACAUCAACAUCCUGAGAGUGAGCAAUGUGAGCCGGCUGGCUGAGAUCCUGGGAACCUCUGACAAGCCUGGGGAACCUGCCGAUCUGCAUUGCAUUCUAAUCAGCGUAGGUGAUACUUUCCUAUAGAAAUGUAACUGGGUGGAAUGGACAUAUUUUUUUUUUUUUUUUUUUGCCUGAUGGAUUUUUAACCCCUUCAUAAUCAGAGUUAAACAUCUUGUAUGUUCUGACAUGUUGCUGCUCCAAAUGGAUUAGACAAAGCGUUUAUUAAACAGAACUUAUUUUCUAUAGGGACUUAUUUACUAAAGUGUGGAUUGUAGUGAUUUUUUUUAAAUCCAAAUGGCAAUUCAUGGAGAACCUGUCUAGAUCAGCUGUUCUGACAUGAAUGAAAAUAUAUAUAUAUAUAUUAUACACAUUCAUUUUAUGAUUGUCUCCUCCAAUCUAAUAAGGACUACAAAAUCAGUCACUUAUGUCACAUGGAUUUUCUUACAUAUCUUGCUGCACCUGUGGAUGUUGUAGGAAUACUGUACACCCACUCUACCGGUUAGGUAAUGCCCCCCCCACCACACCCAUAUGGCAACGUCUCCUGCUAAUAAAUCCCUCUUAAAGCCUCCAGCCAUGGAACAAUUAAUGUUUAGAGGGCAUUGUAAUGUUGCCCUUCCCUGGUUUCUAUUGCCAGUGCUGUGUAGUUCCCAAGCUUCUCUUAGGCUGACUCACUUUCACAUUCCUCCGCUCCUUGCCCCCCCUCACACACCAUGAGUUUCGGUAAUGCAAGAUCAGUGACUUUGCUCUCUAAUGCAUUUUUUUUUUUUUUUUUGUAAAUGGACUUUGACCAACUGCUUCCCUGAAUUGCUGUCUGGGGUUUUCCGGUUUCUGACUUGUUCCAACAUGUCUGUUCCUAACUGUACUGUGCAUAAGUUUCCUCUUUGGGUGCAAUUAAACAGAUUUUACAAGCACCCUCAAUUACUGGGGGUCUAUCUGCUAAACAGCAAGUUGUUUCUGUGUCUGUUUAAAUGUAUACAAUGUCUGUUUCUGGAAUGCAAUUCUAAUGAGACUUUGUUUUCCCUCUUUCAGAGUCUGCACCCAUCUCCGUGCAAGGAUACUGCAAUGCAGGAAGUGAUCUGCUUUUGCAAAGAGAGCCGGUACCUGGAUCAGUGGGUUCCUGUGAUCAAUCUUCCUGAACGAUGAUUUUCCUUACGGAAUCCCAAGGACAUUUCUUUAUAAAUGUUUCAAAACAGAAAAAAAAAAAAUACUUUACGGAGGUUAAAAUAAAAUAUUUGAAGAAAAAAAUGACUCUCCGGGAGAAACUUCUACAGUGGAGGUUUACAGAGUGUUUUAAAACAUGGACUAAUGCGCAAAGGAGUCUGGGAGAAUUCACUAUGUAUUGAGAGCAACUCAGGAGUUACGAUCACUGAUGGCGACUGGAUUACGCCGAACAUAUGCUUGAAAGAAGAGACUGUACAGAGUUUUUGUUGUGGAGCUUAAGGGUCAACAAAAAAAUACAUUAUAAAAUAUGAAAUAACAGGGGGAAAAAGCUGUCUGUUCUGCAGACGUUUAUCUUGGCAAUACUGCCGUUUUUUUAAAGAUGGGUUGAUGCAGUUUUGUCUUUAAGAUGUUAAUUUAUUUCACCAAGUUUUAUUUAUAAUAUUGCUAUUGUAUGCCUUUUUAACGGAUUGGUACAAUUCUACUUUUUUAAUGUAGACUAAUAUGGAUGAAAUUCAAUGUUCUAUUUAAAAUGAACUCUUGAAUAAACUAUUUAAAG